AUGCCAUGCCUCCCCGUCUUUCUCUCGGCUCGGGACACGACGUCCAAGGCGAUUUCGCUUAUUGAGAGGGCAGCCAAACACAAAGCAAACUUAGUUGUUUUCCCAGAGACCUACAUCUCUGCAUUCCCCAUCUGGAGUGCAUUGCGGCCUCCUACCGACAACCAUGACCUAUUCAAACGCAUGGCAAUAGAGUCUGUUUACGCCGAUGGAGAAGAGAUCCAGGCCAUUCGCGCAACGGCAAAGAAAGCUCAAGUCAUGGUCAGCAUUGGCAUCUCAGAGAAAGCCCACUCCAGUAGCGCGACCUUGUUCAACUCCAACGUCCUGAUCGGGAGCCAGGGUGAGGUUCUAGUUCAUCACCGGAAGCUCAUGCCUACGUUGUUCGAAAAGUUGACCUGGGCUCCUGGAGGUGGGCAUGGACUGAGGGUCGCCGAAACGGCUUAUGGAAAGAUUGGGAAUUUGAUAUGCGGCGAGAACACGAACCCCUUGGCCAGGUAUUCGCUCAUGGCACAGGGGGAACAAAUUCACAUUUCUACUUGGCCGGCGAUAUGGCCAACUCGAGUUCCAGGCAUCGGUGAGUCGCAGGAUCAGAGUAAUAAUGAUGGGAAGUCCAGUGUGACGAAAGGGGCCAACUACGACAACGUUGCUGCAAACAGAACUCGCGCAGCCGCCCACUGUUUCGAGGCCAAGUGUUUUGGUGUUCUCUGCUCGGGGGCCCUAGGAGAUGACGCUGUCGAGAUCAUCUCAGAGGGUUCGUCUCACCUGCGUCAAGCUUUGGAGUACUCGCAGCGCGGUGCGACCAUGUUCUUGGAUCCCACUGGAGCUCCUUUGCAAGGGUUCGUGGUGGAUGGCCAGACACAUGAGCCCAACCCUACAGAUUUCCUACAGAGCACAGAAGAUAUUCUAUACUGUGAUAUGAACGUUGAGGAUUGUAUAGAGGGCAAGCAGUAUCACGAUGUCGUGGGUGGAUAUCAGAGACUGGACGUGUUUGACUUGAAAGUCAACCGUACCCGUCAGUAUCCAGUGACUUUCACCGAGAGUGUUAGUGAGAGCGUAUCACAGGACCAAAGGAUUAAUACUGAGGCAAAGAAUAAAGUCGAGUAG